UUAACAAGGUCCCGCCAACCCCUUCUCCUUUCUCCUUGCGCCUCUCUAUCUCCUCUCCGAUCGAUCUCUCUCGAUUCAUCGAUUCAUUCAUCGAACACGAUCAAGCUAUUUCUUCGAUCUGUGAAUUUCCUAGUUUUCGAAUUCACCGAUUUUUUCUUCUUUUUCUUUGUUAAUUUGGAGUUGUUCUCUCCCAAAAACAGAAUCAGGGUUAGGGUUUGGUGCAACGAUGAGCGAGGUUUUUGAGGCCUACGAGCGCCAGUACUGCGAGAUCUCGGCUUCGCUCUCGCGCAAGUGUACAUCGGCGGCGCAGCUCGAUGGAGAGAAGAAGAAGCAGAAAGUUUCUGAGAUAAAAUCCGGCAUAGAAGACGCUGAAAAUCUGAUAAGAAAGAUGGAUCUGGAGGCGAGGAGUUUGCAGCCGAGUGUGAAGGCUGCGUUGCUUGCCAAGAUGAGGGAGUAUAAGUCUGAUCUGAAUAACUUGAAAAGUGAACUGAAGAAACUCACUUCGCCCAAUUUGAACCAGGCCACAAGGGAGGAAUUGUUGGAGGCGGGGAUGGCAGAUACACUAGCGGUCUCUGCUGAUCAGAGAGGAAGAUUACUGAUGUCAACAGAAAGGCUGAACCAAUCCAGUGAUAGAAUCAGAGAGGGUAGAAGAACCAUGCUGGAGACAGAAGAGCUUGGUGUUUCAAUCUUGCAAGACCUUCACCAGCAGCGUCAAUCUCUGUUGCAUGCAAACAAUACGCUGCAUGGGGUGGAUGAUAACAUUGGCAAAAGCAGGAAGAUCCUUUCAGCCAUGUCGAAAAGAAUGGACAGGAAUAAAUGGAUGAUCGGUUGCGUCAUCGCAGUUCUGGUGGUGGCGAUCACUCUGAUCCUCUACUUCAAACUUGCCCAUUAAUUCAAAUGCAAAUGUUAUGUCAGUAUUUAAUCCUGUGGCGGUGCAUAAACCUUUGUUUGCUUAUUUGUAUAUCUGGGGUUUCUAGUUUCUCAUGCUUCUAUUUGCUUGUCCUAAGUGUGGCUUGUAUUAUGAACGUGUUGCAAAUGGAUGAAGAAUGUUAAACUCUGUUCCGCAAUCUUUCUCAAAAGACAAAGCAUAGUCGAGAAAUUUCAAAUGGUUGGAAUGUUUCAGCUUUUA